ACGUCUGAUCAACGGAUAUCAUGGAGUCUGGCAAGAUGGCUUCUCCCAAGAGCAUGCCGAAAGAUGCACAGAUGAUGGCGCAAAUCCUGAAGGAUAUGGGGAUUACAGAAUAUGAGCCAAGUGUUAUAAAUCAGAUGUUGGAGUUUGCCUUCUGAUAUGUGACCACAAUUCUAGAUGAUGCAAAAAUUUAUUCAAGCCAUGCUAAGAAAGCCACUGUUGAUGCAGAUGAUGUGCGAUUGGCCAUCCAGUGUCGUGCUGAUCGGUCUUUUACCUCUCCUCCCCCAAGAGAUUUUUUAUUAGAUAUUGCAAGGCAAAGAAAUCAAACUCCUUUGCCAUUAAUCAAGCCAUAUUCAGGCCCCAGGUUGCCACCUGAUAGAUACUGCCUGACUGCUCCAAACUAUAGACUUAAGUCUUUACAAAAAAAGGCAUCUACUUCUGCGGGAAGAAUAACAGUUCCAUGGUUAAGUCAACACUUAACUUGGUCUGUUACUAGCAGACCAAGUACUCCCACCCUUGGCACCCCAACCCCACAAACCAUGUCUGUGUCAACUAAAGUAGGGACUCCAGUGUCCCUCACAGGGCAAAGGUUUACAGUGCAGAUGCCCACUUCACAGUCCCCAACUGUAAAAGCAUCAAUUCCUGCAACAUCCGCAGUUCAGAAUGUUCUGAUUAAUCCAUCAUUAAUUGGGUCUAAAAACAUUCUUAUUACCACUAACAUGGUGUCAUCACAAAAUACUGCCAAUGACUCAUCAAAUGCAUUGAAAAGAAAACGAGAAGAUGAUGACGAUGAUGACGAUGAUGACGAUGAUGACGAUGAUAAUUUGUAA